AUGUUUUCACGACCAGCUGUGAGAGCUUCGAGGAUUUACUGCCGCUGCUAUGCAAGCUCUGCCAGUACCCUUCCGCCUAUGCUCUUGAAGAUCAGGAAUGAUAUGAAGACUGCCAUGAAAAAUAAAGAUAGCAACCGACUCUCAGUCCUUCGAUCACUCCUCAGUCAAACACUCAAUGCCUCUAAAACUUCCUCACCUAUCAAUACCGAUAUGCAAAUGUUGGCUCUUCUCCGAAAAACUGCGAAUGCCAGCCGAGCUGCAAGUGAAGAAUUCAAGGCAGCAGGUAGAGAAGACCUCGUUGAGAAGGAAGAACAACAAUUGAAGGUCUUGGAAGAAUAUGCUAGUGGUGUUGAGACGGUUGGUGAGGAAGAGAUCAGAAAUACAGUCAAGGAUCUUGUCAAUGGCAUGAAAGCCGAGGGAGCAAAGAUGCAAAUGGGAGAUGUGUUGAAGAGAGUAUUUGCUCCUGAAGUAUUGGGAGAAAAGAAUGUAGAAAAGGGGGAGGUCGCAAAGAUAGUAAAGGAGAUUAUGGCAGCAUCGUAA